CACCCACAAUUCUUGCACUCCUCAAAGCAUUCUCAGUUUCAUACUCUCAUCUUAGUGACCCUUACACAGUUUAUAAUCUGCAAAUUUAUCAUGGCCUCUUUGGUUCCCACCUAUCUUUUGCUACAAUUAGUUCUGGUCAUCUCUUUCUUCCAAUUCAACUUAGCAGCAAGAAGGCUUGCUGAUUCAGCUGAAUCUCAACAACCUUUACUCUUCCAAUACCACAAUGGUGCUCUUCUCACUGGAAAAAUCUCCAUUAAUCUAAUCUGGUAUGGCAAAUUCAAGCCCACACAAAGAGCUAUUAUCUCAGAUUUCAUUACCUCCCUUUCUACUUCCACACCCACAACAGCCCAACCCUCUGUUGCCACCUGGUGGAAAACCACAGAUAAAUACUACCACCUAGUCAACUCUAAGAUGCCCUCCACUCUUGUUCUCUCAAUGGGUACACAGAUCAUUGAUGAGACUUACUCCUUAGGCAAAUCACUCUCAAAUCAGCAAAUAGAAGAGUUGGCAUCAAAGGGUGCCCAGAAAAAUGCUAUCAAUGUGGUUUUGACAUCCGAUGAUGUGGCAGUUGAGGGCUUUUGUAUGAGCAAGUGUGGAACCCAUGGAUCUCUAAAGGGUGCAUCUGUUCAAGGCAAAAGCUACAAGUUUGCUUACAUUUGGGUUGGCAAUUCAGAGACUCAAUGCCCAGGUCAAUGCGCUUGGCCAUUCCACCAGCCCAUCUAUGGACCCCAAAGCCCACCCCUGGUUGCACCGAAUAACGAUGUGGGUUUGGACGGCAUGGUCAUGAACCUGGCUAGCCUAUUGGCUGGUACAACUACCAACCCAUUUGGAAAUGGCUACUUCCAAGGACCAAAGGACGCGCCAUUAGAGGCUGCAUCGGCUUGUCCUGGUGUGUAUGGCAAGGGGGCUUACCCUGGCUAUGCUGGGGACCUCUUGGUUGACCCAACAACAGGUGCUAGCUAUAAUGCAAAUGGUGGCAAUGGAAGGAAAUACUUGCUUCCAGCUCUUUUUGACCCGUCUACCAAAUCUUGUUCUACUCUAGUUUGAGGGAUGAUUUUGAAACGUUCCUACAAGUUAAUGUAUAAUGCAGUACAUUAGACAAUAGGCUCAAGAAAGAGAUUAAUUCUUUUUUUUUCUUUGAUGGGAGAGAUUAAUUCUUUGAUUCAUUUAUUUAUUGUAAUAUUUUUAAAAUGAUGAAAAUGCUACAUCUUUUUAUAACA